AUGGUGAACAUUACGGAAAAGAUCAAGGAGAUUGAGGAUGAGAUGAAGCGGACGCAGAAGAACAAGGCCACAGAGUACCAUCUCGGGCUGCUAAAAGGAAAGCUGGCACGGCUGCGGGCGCAGCUGCUGGAGCCGGGACCGGGAUCGGGCGGCGGACCAGGGGCGGGUUUUGACGUGAGCAAGAGCGGAGACGCACGAAUCGCGCUGGUGGGCUUUCCAUCGGUCGGCAAGUCGACAUUCCUGUCCAAGGUGACCAAGACGCGAUCAGAGGUAGCAGCAUACGCGUUCACGACGCUGACAGCGAUCCCGGGCGUGCUGUCGUACGGCGGAGCAGAGAUCCAGCUGCUGGACCUGCCGGGGAUUAUCGAGGGGGCAGCCGAGGGAAAAGGACGAGGCCGACAGGUGAUCUCAGCAGCCAAGACGAGCGACAUGAUCAUGAUGGUGCUAGACGCGACCAAGAAGGCAGAGCAGCGGGCACUGCUGGAGGCCGAGCUCGAGGCGGUGGGCAUCCGGCUGAACCGGGAGCCGCCCAACAUCUACCUCAAGGCCAAGAAGGCAGGCGGGAUGAAGAUCACCUUCACAGCACCACCACGACACCUGGACGAGCGCAUGGUCACCAACAUCCUGCGCGACUACAAGAUGCUCAACUGCGAGGUGCUCGUGCGCGACGACGGCGCCACGGUCGACGACCUGAUCGACGUCAUCAUGCGCGACCACCGCAAGUACAUCCGCUGUCUGUACGUCUACAACAAGAUCGACAGCGUCUCGCUCGAGUUUCUCGACCAGCUCGCGCGCGAGCCACACACGGCCGUCAUGAGCUGCGAGCUUGAUCUCGGCCUUCAGGACGUCGUCGCCCGCUGCUGGCAGGAGCUGCAGCUCAUCCGCGUCUACACCAAGCGCAAGGGCGUCGAUCCUGCCUUUGACGAUGCCCUCAUCGUGCGCGCCAACAGCUCCAUCGAGGACGUCUGCGACCGCAUCCACCGCACCCUCAAGGACACCUUCAAGUACGCUCUCGUCUGGGGCGCCAGUGCCCGCCAUGUGCCCCAGCGCGUCGGCCUCAGCCACAUGGUCGCCGACGAGGAUGUGGUCUACAUUGUCAGCGGCUGGAAGGCCUGA